AUGGAAAUUCCUCAGGGGUUUUCUACUCAGGGAGGGUCUGGCAAAGUCUGCCGACUUCACAAGUCCUUGUAUGGCCUCAAACAGGCUCCAAGGCACUGGAACAAGAAGCUAACUGAUGCUCUACUAUGUGAUCUACAACUCAAAUUCAAGAUCAAAAGUCUUGGUGAGCUCAAAUUUUUCUUGGGCAUUGAGUUUGCUAGAUCAAGGGAGGGAAUUAUCAUGAAUCAAAGGAAGUAUACCUUGGAAUUGAUUGCUGAAAUGGGGCUUGGAGGAGCUAAACCUAGUGGUUCUCCUUUGGAGCCUAAUCAGAAGCUUACUUCCGCUGAUUAUGAUAUCUUCAUAAACAAUCAAGCUACAGCAAAUACUCAACACUCAGAUACAGAAAAGGACACAUUGUUAACUGAUACUAGCCAGUAUCAAAGGUUAAUUGGAAGGCUUCUCUAUCUAACCAUGACAAAGAUAGACAUUGCUUUUGCUGUUCAAGUACUCAGUCAGUUCAUGCAUAAACCCAAGCAAUCUAAUUGGGAAGUUGCACUAAGAGUAGUAAGAUAUAUCAAGAAUGCACCUGGCAUGAGACUGCUGAUGCCCUCUGAGGGGUCUGGGAAGCUUGAAGCCUUUUUGUGA